AUGGCCGCGGCCGGCUGGCGGGACGGCUCCGGCCAGGAGAAGUACCGGCUGGUGGUGGUCGGCGGAGGCGGCGUGGGCAAAUCGGCGCUCACCAUCCAGUUCAUCCAGUCUUAUUUUGUAACGGAUUAUGAUCCAACCAUCGAGGAUUCCUACACAAAACAGUGUGUGAUAGAUGACCGGGCAGCCCGGCUAGAUAUUCUGGAUACAGCGGGACAAGAGGAAUUUGGAGCUAUGAGAGAACAGUAUAUGAGAACUGGCGAGGGUUUCCUUUUGGUCUUUUCAGUCACAGAUAGAGGCAGUUUUGAAGAAAUCUAUAAGUUUCAAAGACAGAUUCUCAGAGUAAAGGAUCGUGAUGAGUUUCCAAUGAUUUUAAUUGGUAAUAAAGCAGACCUGGAUCAUCAGAGACAGGUAACACAGGAAGAAGGACAGCAAUUAGCACGGCAACUUAAGGUAACAUACAUGGAGGCAUCAGCAAAGAUUAGGAUGAAUGUAGAUCAAGCUUUCCAUGAACUUGUCCGGGUUAUAAGGAAAUUUCAAGAGCAGGAAUGUCCUCCUUCACCAGAACCAACACGGAAAGAAAAAGACAAGAAAGGCUGCCAUUGUGUCAUUUUCUAA